UUAACAUGCCUUGCUGUUAUCACUGGGGGCUGACGAGGUCAAAUCGUAGUCCGUUUCGCUACGACGUCGGGUAUAGGUUUUACUACGAAAACAUUGUGUAAAUACACUACUUAAUCAGGCGAGUUUCAUCUUUUCUGGUGUUUAUGGAUUAGAGAACGGAACAUCCAGUAAUAGUAGGUACUUAUUUUCAAUAACAAACUAAUAACAAAUACGCGUAAUUGCAACCUUUAAGUUUAUUUUAAGCUAAAAUCGAAAUAUUUUGAUUUGAAGCAAUGCAUAAGGUGGUCAUUCUGUUAAAAUAGCUAAUUACGGUUACUUAAAUAAAAUAAAACUACAUGUUACUUUGAUUCAGUGUACAUAACACAUUUUAAAGUGCAAAACAGGUUACGAACAUAUAUUUUAAUUAUUCAAAUGCUUUUUUUCGAAGGAAAUUACAAGUCACUUUAUGUAUAGGUUUCGCACAGAGUAGGUAUUGGUUGCGCAACGAAGUACAAAUAUAAUGUAUAGGUUGCUCAACGAAGUUUCUGUAUCCAUUUCAGGACAAAUCACAUGCAGUUUGCAGUUACUGCAGACUGCCAUUUCCCAGUGCAAAAGAUGCCGUGCUUCACUGUGCGCAUGAACAUCCAAACGAAAAGGUUGAACCCGGUAAAAGCCGGCAGAGUCCCGGCAGAGUCCUGGUAUACCGUCACUACGCCGGCACUCACCGGGACUAUACCGGCAUUAGACCCCGGCAGAGCUGCGGCAACGCCCCGGUUUAACCGGGGACAACCGGGACUCCACCGGGAAAGUAUUCAAAUGUUUCAUACCGGUUGUUCCCGGUACAGUCCCGGUUGUUCCCGGUGCCAAGCCGGUCGUUGCCGGUCCUACCCGGUGACUCCCGGUUCAUCCCGGAGGUAUUAAACAUUUUAAUACUUUCCCGGUGGAGCCCUGGUGGAGCCCCGGUUGUCCCCGGUCGUCCACGGUUCAUCCCGGUGGAGCACCGGUUCAUCCCGGUAGGGCCCCGGUUCAACCCGGUAGAUGCCUGAUCACGCACUGGGGCUCCGCCGGCAUCAUAGUGAGACUGGGCCUUAACCGCAUUGUAACACGAGGUAAAUUUACCGGCUGUCAUGUACGCAGUAAACAAUAACCUGUGACAGAACCCACUGCCACACCUUUACAACAAUAUAUUGGUUAUGCAAUUGCGGAUUUGUGCCAUUGGGGUCCUACUUUCCACACCUUACGGCUGUUACAGGUGUGGAUUUUACAGGUAAAAUCAUGUAUACGAACAUGAAAUUCAUCUCAAAAUUAGUUGACGAUAACCGAUUUUCAAGAAAAUCGCUUUGAUAUAUAUACAAUGUAAAAAUCAAAUUCCGUAUGAGAUAAAUAAUGAUCGAAGUUGGGACAUGGGAUUUACUUUGACAUAAGCAGAGUUUUGAGAUAAGCGAGUUGGGGAUAACGAGAAUCGAAUGUUAUUUGAUAAAGAGUACCGUAUGCUGAAAACCUAUCGUCGGUCUGUAUCAAAAUGAACGUAUAAGGGAUUGUCACGAGGUAAAGAUGCGUCAUUUUUAUUGAGACCGACGACAUUAGGUUAUCGACUCUCAACUGUCAUCUUAUAUUAUAUGGAUUUUCGAGUUUAAUCGUUACAUUUGGCCUAGUCGUGAAUUUAAUUAUAUCAUAAUAAUGUGCAAUACAAUGUCGACUGUGCGCUUCGAAUCAUUUUGUGCCGUUGUUACUACCUCUUCCUCAAAGGAAACAUCCAGCCACUCCAUGACUCUGUAUUAACUUUUUUUUCUUUAUUUUGCCUUCGAGAGAUAACCAAUACGUCUUCUGUGAGAAACGCAUACACGCUAAAGCGUUGUCGUAGCGAGGCUUAUACGUAUACUGUCAGAGACAUGAUCAUGCUUAAUAAUAAUAUUUAGCCUUUAUUUCUGAUAACUGAGUCACCCUAUACAUUUCUAAACACACCAGUGGCUUAACGAUACAAAGAUCAAUAUGGAAAUUGUAAAAUUGUGUCAAUUAAACACAGUUGUAAACCUUAAUUGCAUUUUUAAAAGUGAAACUUGACUUUGCUUUGAAAAUCAGCGGUAUAUUUCAUGUUUAACCGCAUAAACCAGACACAUCUUUGAUUAUAAUUUGAUGUAACAAACCUAUGAAAUGUCAUUUUGCUUAAAUUCAGAGUUUUGUUAUUAGAAAAGCAUGAUCUUACAUGUUUAAAACACAAUUUUCGACUAAUACUUUCUCGAUGUCAUAUGUUUUUAAACAAUGUUUUCGUAGUAAAACAUAUACCCGACGUCGUAGCGAAACGGACUACGCUUUGACCUCGUCAGCCCCCAGUGGUUAUAUCAGAAAGAAAAUCGUAUAGUCAUUGUAAUGGCAAAUACGUGUAUCCAUGAAUUUAGUAUCGAUGUAUUUUUUACGUUGCGUGAAAUCUGACAGUGUUCUUGAAAGAGUUUCAAUAACACUCAGAGAUGUACAGAGAGGCAAACAGAACGGCAACCUUGACGUUUCUGCAGCUCGCACCCAGAUCGCCAGUCUUCUUACAAACUUGCAGAGGCUUGAGAAUGACCACACCGUCCCAGAUGAUUUACUGAAGAGCACCAUCCAGUCAGUAGUGUUAGUCAGAGAUAGUCUCCCUGAUUUGACUCAACAUGCUCAACACAGCAGUCAUUCAGUUGAUCGUUAUGAGGACACAGUACCAAACCCUCACGGACGUGGCAGAGAUCUAUGUGACAUUGACAUCAGCAAACUACAACAGCUAAUUGAUAUGGGAUAUACAGUGAAAGAGAUAGCAGAGAAAGGUUUACUAGGUGGUGUCCUUCAUCCCAACACACUAUAUAGCAGAUUAAGAUCCAACAACAUGCAGAUCAGAUCAUCAUACACAGAUAUUAGUGACGACGACUUGCAUUCUAUUGUUGCAGAAUACAACAGAGACCACCCUAAUUCAGGUUCAGCUGAGGUGCAUGCUUAUCUUAAGACAAGAGGCAUUUCCAUUAAAAGAGAAAGAUGCAGAGAGAUGCUGAGAAAUGUAGAUGCUUCUGGUACAGCCUUGAGGUGGUCAGCUACUAUACAAAGAAGGAAGUACAGUGUACCAACAGCAAAUUCUGUGUGGCAUCUAGAUACACAUCACUCCUUGAUAAGAUGGGGAAUAGUUGUCCAUGGUGGAAUCGAUGGACAUUCCAGACUGGUGUCUUUCCUUAGGGCCGCCACUUGUAACACCUCUAAGGCAGCUGCGUCGUUCUUCCUCCAGUCAGUGAAAGCGUACGGUUUUCCGAGUAGAGUCAGAGUUGACAACGGUACAGAAUAUGGGGACAUUGGUCGGUUAAUGAUAUCAGUAAAUGGCGAUGGCAGAGGGUCAUUCCUGACAGGACCAUCAGUACACAAUCAACGCAUAGAGAGACUUUGGCGGGAUGUUUUCACCAAGGUAUUAGUUACGUUUUACAAGCUGUUCCACUACAUGGAGGAAAGACAGCUGCUCAAUGUUAAUGAUAAAACACAUAGAUGGGUUUUGCAGUAUGUGUUCGUGCCGAUAAUUGACAGAGCUCUGAGACAGUGGAUGGAGACCCACAACACACACAAGAUUAGAACAGAGAACAAUAGAACACCAAAUAUGAUGUGGUUCCAGUCACUAGUCCAGGGUGAUAGCCAGCGUUACACAAGCGUUCGGAACAUUGAGCAGCCUCCAAAUGAAGCAGUUUCAGAUGCCAUUAGAGAUUUGCAAUUGAGUGAAGAUGACACCACCUACCUUGUUCCACGUGAUCCCUGCCCUUUGAGUCAGCACAACUUUCAACAGCUGCAAACAACAAUUGCCAUCAACAGAAAUUCAACGAGCCAUGGACUUGACAUAUUUGGUGAUGUGAUGCAGUUUGUUUUAGCACAUCCAACAGAACUUUGAAAUUGUUGCUUUUCUAGGACAUUUUUGUGACUUCAGUUAGUGCCUGACAUGUUCAUGUUGUAUUUGUUGUAAGAUACCAAUUCUUUAAUGUAUUAUUUAUUAUACAUGUAAAUAUUUGUAUGUGCAGUGAUGAAAAAAUAAAGAUUAUAAGGAUGAUCUUUUUUAUUAAAUUAAAAGUUUGAAAUUGAGUUGUAAGCAUAGGCAUCAUCUCUUAUUUGUAAAUUUGCAAUCAUUAUUUUAAGCAAGGUGAACACAUUUGUUUUUAAGGUUUUAAUCAAAAUAUAUGUUUUUGUAUAAAACAUAGUACAUUUUCUCUGAUAAAUCUAAUAUGCACAAGAAACAAUUUAUCUUGAAGAAUGGAAAUGCAAAUACUCGUUUGUACAUGUGUUUUCUUUUGUUUUCAAAUUUAUGCCAUUUGUUAUUAAUCAUGUCCAUGUGGAAAUAUAUUUAUUUACAGUAUAUAGGUAUUGCAUAAUAUGUAUUAACAUUUAUGAAUGUUUGUCUGUGUACAUGUACAAUUUAGAAAAUUAAAUGUCAUUGAGAGCUGAAAGAAUCUUCUUGAUAUGCCACUCUAUAAGUUAAAGGUUGAUUACUUCAUACCACUGGAAGCCAUUAUACGUAAAAAUGAGACAGCUAUGGUUGCCUACUCCUAACAUACAUUUUUUUUGUCAAUAAGGGAAAAUAAUCACAUUGAUCAGUUAUACUGGAAGUCUUUCGGUAUAACAUACCUCAUAUAGGUAUUGGAAAUACACAUGUACAUGUAGCUCAUCAAUCAUAAUAAUAUGGAAGCCACAGCCAAACUUAAAUUCAUGAAAGAUCUCUAAUGAUUUCACACAAAAUCUCUGCCUGAAACUUUUUGACGAUGCAGAAUUAAAGGAUCGGUAUUGUUACUAGAUGUGUUCAAAUUCUAUUAAAGUCUUAAAAUAUGUGUAUUUCAUAUGCAAAACUGUGCCAGCUGAGACACAUACAUGUGAAAAUAAAAAAAAUAAGGGGUAAGUGUUGGCGAGACCACACUCCAUCUACAAGGAAAGCAUAUUGAAUAUAAAAAAUCUAGAGGUCUCCACAGUACUUUCAACAAGGGUGGAAUUCCACUCCUUGUGAAAAGCUCUAAAGUACCCAUACAUGUACAAUAUAUAUCUGCAUAUCUUACCUACACUAUAAAAAAUGAAGCAGUAUUAUUGCUGACCCAAUCAAACUCUUCUUGAAGAUAUACAUGUAUUUACCUGAGAGAUUUGUCAGACUCCAAUGUGAGUUGAUCUAACUAAUCAACACAAUACCAUUUGUUUACCUGUGUAAACCACUGUAUGGAGAUUUAAACUUGUUUUCUAUUGAGAUGAGUUUUCAAUCACUAUUGAUUACAUUGCAUAGCAAAAAAAUCAUCUCUGUUUAUACUGAGGCACACAUUACAAUGAUUGGAUCAACAAUAAAUCCUUUGAAAACAUGGAUAUACCUUAACACAACUGACAUCUGAAAUGCACCGAAAAUAAAACUUCAUUUUCUCACUUUUAACUUUGUGCUUCUGACAGAAAGCUGUGUACAAAGAUGUUAGUUUCCACAACUUUACAUCAGUUGGUAAUAGUGGAAAUAUAGUACCAGAUCUCCAGUCUGCAUAUACAUGCUCAAAAGUGGCAGAUGGUCGUGCAACUUUCAUCUCAUUUUCAUGAUUCAAUGACUUAGUAUGAAACUUUGACAUUAUUUUACAUUUAUGUCCAUGUUACCAAGGUUAAUUGUUGAUACCUCAUUGUGAUGUCAUAGUGAUACUUGGAAUGUAAAUGUUCAUGUGUAUAGGUAAUUUGUCAGGAAGGAAGUCACAUCCUCAUAAAACUAUGCAUUAAAUUGUUUGUGAAAUGAAUUCAACAUUUCUUUGUGUUAAACAGAAGAAAUUAAUGGUUAGAUUGUGAACAAACUGUUAAUACUUUUGAAUACUGUGUACUGAUAAAAAAGUGGACAUUGGA